GACGUAGGGGCCGCGCGUCACGUGGCAGGAUGUACCGGAACUUCCGGUUCCGUCUGGCUCGGCGCUGCGGCUCUGCUGCGGCUCUGCUGAAGGCCCCGAGAGUGGCGGUGGAUUGAGCCUGCCUGAUUCUUCAGAAUUUGCUAUCUAGUGUCUGUUGGAACAAAAUGUGGGGACAUCCUCAUUCAACUAAUAGAAUGGGUCCUUUCCGUGGGAGCCAAGAAGAAAGAUUUGCUCCCGGGUGGAACAGGGAUUACUCUCCUCCCCUUGAUAGUCUUGCUCAAGAAAGACACUCUGGCAACUUCUCUGGCAGAGAAUCACUUCCUUUUGAUAUCCAGGGACUCCCAGGCAUCCUCAAUCCUCAGUUUGCGAGCAGAGAGGAAUCUACUUUCAGCUUUGGAGGUAGAGAUGGACCACAUAGUGACUUCAGAGGUGGGGAGGGUCAUAUACAUGACUUUGAAAGCAGAGAUUACUCUCCUUCAGAGUUUCAGAGUAGGGAUGAUUCACAGUUGGACUUCAGAGCUAGGGUACCACUCCUUCCAGACUUUAGGGGUAGGGAGAUGUAUCCUGGAACUUUUCAGGAUAGAGAAGGCCAAGCUGUGGAGUAUAGUGGAGGAGAUGUUCCUCCUAUGGAUUAUAGAAAUAGGGAUACAUUCCGGAUGAACUAUAGAGAUAGGGAAGCUCAUACAGUGAACUAUAGAGGCAGAGAUGAUACUUCAUCAGAUUGUCGUACUAGGGGAACAUCUGAUUUGGAUUUCCGAAAUAGAGACGGAUCACACCCACACUUUAGAGCAAGAGACAUGCCUGAACAAGAUUAUAGGGGCAGAGAGCAACCAUAUUCAGACUUCAGGAAAAGAGAUGUACCUGAUACAGAUCUGAGAAAUAUGGGUGCGGCUGAUUCAGACUUCAGAGACAGAGAUAUACCCCACUCAAAUUUCAGAAAUAGGGCAAAACCUCAGGCUGAUCAGGAUUUUAGGGGUAGGGAUGCCCCACCACCGCUGGAUUUUGCAGAAAGGGAGACACUCUCAGCAGACUCAAACGUUGUAGACUUCCAUCACAGUCAAUCUCCAGCACAGUUAGCAGAUAGAGAAUGCAAGAUAGAAGAGACUGUAGUUGUUAGAGACAGGUCUUCUUUGAGUAUUCAGAAUGAGGAUUUGCCACAUUCAGAAUCAAGAGCCAGAGAAGAAGAAAAACCCCAAGAACAAAAUCUUAAGACUGAAUCUUCUCUAGAGUACCAAAAUAGCCGCAAUCCUCUUCCCAAACUUCUGGACCAAGAUAAGCCUGCUCAGGGCUUUGUUAGCAAUCAGGAGAUUUCUGCAAAAGAAGAGCAAGUAGCUGAAUUGCCGGGACUAAAAGAAAAAAGUGAUCUGGAUUUCCUUGGAAGGCAGGAUACAGACUACAGGGGCAUUGAGUAUCGAGAUGUAGAUCAUCGUCUUCCAGGAUGUCGGGUCUUUGACUAUGAACAUGGCAAAACUUUUGCUGAUGGGAAGUCUUGUAAAGAUUCUCAACCAGAUCUUCAGGACCAGGACUAUAGAACCUGUCUCAAAGAUACCAAGCCAAGCAAGUUGAUUCGACUAGGAAGAGUGCCUGAAACUGCUACAAAAGAUGAUAUUCUCAAUGCUUUCCAAGCCUGUGAUGGAACACCAGUAAAAAACCUGCGCCUAAAAGAUUAUACCACAGGUUACAACUAUGGCUAUAUCUGCGUGGAGUUUUCCCUCUUGGAAGAGGCCAUCGCCUGCAUGGAAGCCAACCAGGGACAUCUUAUGAUUGGUGGUAAACAGGUCACACUUGAAUAUAGUCCAUACCCUGAAUUUUGGUAUUGCAAGCGUUGUAAAGCACGCACAGUAGGGUUUCGUUCAGAAGGGUAUCGUUCAUCUUGUUACUUCUGUAAACUCCCAAGAGAUGUAACAGAAGAAAAACUUGAAAAGGAAGAGGAAGAGUUACCUGAGGAACCGAGCCCAAAGGGGGAAUCUGUUGAAGACCCUACUCCAUCCCAAGAGCUGCCGCCUCAGAAGCCAGAUUCUGAGCUGCAAUGCCCACCUCAAGAAUUUGAACCCAAGAAGAAGGAUAAAAACAGAGAAGAGUGGCUCCCACAAGAAAAGAAGAGGGACCUUGAAAUGUACCCACCCCGGAAAGAAAACCAAGACCGUGGUUCAAGGAGAGAAAGUGUGGAAAAUAAGCGUCAGGAGGAUGAGAGUAAAACAAUUAUGUUAAAACGCAUUCCUCGCUUCACUCCACCGGAAGUGAUUGUAGGACUUUUAGCACCAUAUGUCCGUCUCUCUACUUCAAGUGUCCGGGUAAUGAAGAACAAAGCUGGUCGGAUGGGCUACACCUAUGGUUUCAUUGAACUCGACUCUCAUGCUGAGGCACGCCGGUUAGUGAAAGUUUUACAAGACCUAGAUCCACCAAUCAGCAUUGAUGGUCGUGCCGUGGAUGUAAACCUAGCUACAGGAAAGAGGAGAAAUGAAUAUGGAGAUCAAGGUGAUAUUUCUCGCUUCAACCAGGGCAAACGAGGCAUGAAUGACAGAAGGAGCACUGACACACAGAAACGAAAAUCAGAGUCUUCUUCUGAUAUGUCUACAUUCAUUUAUGAUCCAGAUACUGGAAAUUAUUUUGAUCCCAUAAGUGGAGUGUACUAUGAUUCCAAUACUCAGAGAGAAAUACCAAUGGGUCGGGAAGCAUCACCACCACCAUCUAGUAUGAGGCAUUAUAAAAGCCAAGAAAGGACAAGUGAAAGAGAUGAGCCAUCUAGUAGAGAUAAUAGAGAGAGAAGAGAAAGACACAGAAAUAAAUCAGCCAAGAAUGAGCAUCAAGAGGACAAAUUUUCUGCAGAAGAUGUUUUUAAAAAGCCACUACCUCCAAUAUUGAAAAAAGAAGAAAGUACUCCUCCACCAAAGGUGGUGAAUCCUCUGAUAGGGCUUUUGGGAGAAUAUGGUGGAGAUAGUGACAAUGAGGAAGAAGAGGAAGAAGAGCCACAGCCACAGCCAUCACGGCCAGUAGUCCAGCAAGAGGAACAGCCCCAAAAGGUUGAAAGCGAUGAAGAUAAGCUGACAGACUGGAAUAAGUUAGCAUGUUUACUUUGCCGGAGGCAGUUUCCAAAUAAAGAGGUUCUAAUUAAACAUCAACAACUAUCCAACCUUCACAAACAAAACUUAGAGAUUCACUGGAAAAUAAAACGAUCGGAGCAAGAACUGGCAUAUUUGGAGAAGCGAGAGCGAGAGGGAAAAUAUAAAGAAAAGGGAAAUGACCGAAGAGAGAGAUUUGAGGAACGAGAAUCUCCAGAGAGAAAACGGCCAAAAUACUUCAGAAAUUCUGACAGUGAGCGUAAGUCCACAGAUAAAGGAAGAAUGGAGAGCAAUAACAAAGGAAGCCGAAUGAUGCAGGCUAUGGGCUGGAAGGAAGGCUCGGGGCUAGGGCGCAAUGAACAAGGCAUGACCUCACCACUAGAGGCAGAAAAUCGGAAGAAGGGAGCAGGCUUAGGAACCCAAGGAAGGCCCAGUAGAAGGCAAUCUAAUGAAACGUAUCGAGAUGCAGUGCGGAGAGUCAUGUUUGCCCGCUACAAGGAACUUGAAUAAAUGUGGAAAGAAAUCACAC